UGGUAGCGAAAAACAUAAAUUAGAAGGGAAAAAAACGGCAUCUUUUUCAUGGACUCCUGGCUUGUGCUCCUCUUCGUCUCCUUCACCGCGGCAAUCUCCCUCCAUUUCCUCACAUGGAAGCGAAAACCCCUCCCUCCCGGCCCUCCGGCCGUCCCCAUCCUCGGCAACCUCCUCUGGCUCCGCCACUCCCUCACCGACAUCGAGCAAAUCAUCAAACACCUCCACGCCAAGUACGGCCCCAUCAUCACCCUCCGAAUCGGCUCCAUCUUCGCAAUCUUCAUCUCCGAUCACUCCCUCGCCCACAAAGCCCUCGUCCAGUACGGCGCCGCCUUCUCCGAUCGCCCUCCGCCGCUCCCUGCCUCACGCUUCCUCAGCAGCAACCAACACAACAUCACCUCCGCCGGCUACGGCCCUCUCUGGCGCCUUUUCCGUCGCAACCUCACCACCGAGAUUCUCCACCCUUCCAAGCUCAGUCUUUUCGCUCCCGGCCGCGCGUGGGUGCUAGCUCUGCUGCUCCAUGACCUCAAAACCAAGGCUCAGGAAUCAUCCGACGGUUCCGUCGUCGCCAUAGAGAGCUUCCAGUUCGCCAUGUUCAGUCUUCUGGUGCUCAUGUGCUUUGGGGAGAAGCUUGACGAGAGAACCAUAAGGGAUAUCGAAGCCGUGCAGACGAAUUUAAUUCUUUACAGCAGGAAGCUCAAUGUUUUCUCCUUUGCUCCGAGAAUCGCAAAGUAUAUAUUUCGCCGUCGGUGGAAGACUAUCCUAGACCUGAGGCAGAAGCAGAAGGAUACCUUUGUUCCUUUGAUAAGAACUCGCAUGGAGCGGAGGGACACCGAAAAGAAUUUCAUUAAGGAAGAAAGAUUCGUUCUUUCGUAUGUUGACUCCCUCCUCGACAUCACGCUGGCGGAGGAAAGCAGGAGAAGGCUGACUGAAGACGAAUUGGUGUCGCUCUGUUCUGAGUUCCUCAUUGCCGGAACAGACACCACGGCGACAGCGUUGCAGUGGAUCAUGGCGGAGCUUGUGAAGCACAAGCGCGUGCAGGGGAAGCUGCUGGAGGAGAUCGAGCUGGCGGUGGAGCGAAACGGGGGUGGAGAGAUCAAAGAAGAGGAUUUGGAGAGCAUGCCGUACCUAAAGGCGGUGGUUUUGGAGGGUUUGCGCCGCCACCCGCCGGCUCAUUUCGUUCUGCCGCAUUCUGCGAAAGAGGACAUCGAAUUUGAAGGAUAUGUUAUCCCGAAGAAUGCUUCAAUUAACUUUUUGGUGGCGCAGAUGGGCUGGGAUGAGAAGGUGUGGGAAGAGCCCAUGGAAUUCAGGCCGGAGAGAUUCAUGGCGGGAGGUGAUGGAGAAGGGGUGGACAUAACUGGAAGCAGGGAGAUAAAGAUGAUGCCUUUUGGGGUUGGGAGGAGGAUUUGCCCCGGGCUGAAGCUCGCCUUGCUUCAUCUGGAAUACUUUGUGGCCAAUCUGGUGAGGGAUUUUGAGUGGGAUGUCAUGGAUGGAGAGGAUAUUGAUUUGUCGGAGAAGCCUCAGCUUACUGUGGUGAUGAAGAAUCCUCUUAGAGCCCGUCUUUCUCCCAGAAACAGAGCUUGAUGCUUCAUUUUUGGGUUGUUCUUUUCCCCUAAUGUUUUUUUUCCUUUCGAGCAUAUAGUUGUUCUAGGAAAUAAAUAUAUGCAUGUUGUUUAUAAAUAAAUAAAUAAAAAGUU